AUGGCAGAGCUCCUCGGGACCAUUUUCUACGUGGCGCCAGAGGUCUUCGAGAGGAAGUACGACAUCAAGUGCGACAUCUGGAGCAUCGGCGUGAUCACCCACAUGCUCCUGAGCGGCCGCCCGCCGUUCGGGACCUUCGCGGACGACGACGCGGACAUCUACGACAGGAUCAUGAGUGGGGACGCGGUCACGAUGGACGGGUCUGAUUGGAUGUUCGUGUCCGAGGAGGCGCGGGAUUUCGUCUCCCGCCUGCUCACGCGCGACCCCGUCGCGCGGCCCAGCGCCCAGGACGCGGCCGCGCACCCGUGGCUGCAGAGGCUCCACGGCCCGCACCAGGUUGCCAAGGAGAUUGACGUCUCGGUGCUGGAGAGCCUGCGGUCCUUCGCCUCCAUGAACGUCAUAAAGCGGACAGCUUACGGCCUCAUCGCCGCGUCCAUGUCCACUUGCGAGACGGACAACUUGGAGGCCCAGUUCAAGAUGCUCGACGCCCAGAACCGGGGGACCAUCUCGAUGAACGAGCUGGUCGAGGCCCUGAAGGAACACCUCGGCAUGAGCGACGAUGACGCCAAGGAGCUCUUCAGCAGGCUCGAUCUCGACGGGGAUGGCCACAUCGACUACAGUGAGUUCCUGGCCGCCACGGCGCAGCGAAGGCUCCUGGGACAGGAGAGGCUCUUCCGGCUGGCGUUCGACCGCUUCGACACGGACCACUCGGGGGUCAUCUCCCAGGAGAACCUGCAGGAGGUCUUGGGCCACUCCUACAUGGGCCUGAGGCCCGAGGACAUCAUUCACCAGAUCAACCAAGAGGGAGACGAUGUCAUCAGGUACGAGGACUUCCUGAAGGCGAUGAUGGACCUCGGCUGCGAGGACAACUCGCUGCCCGGCAGCACCGAGCGAAUGAAGAACAUCUCCCGCGCGUUCAGCAUCAUUUUGCCAGGAGCGGGCUCCGGGCCGCGGCCCUCGCCGCCGGGGUCGCCAGCCAGCCGCAGGGGGCUCGGGCGCCCGCGGAGGGGCGGGCACGGCCCCGACGCCGCGGACGCCGAGCGGGUCGACGAGGACUGGGGCGCGGGCCUCGCUUCCGAGCCGAUCGGGUCGUGGCGCGCGCACGGCAGCCUGGAGGCGGACCCAACACCCGACGGGGCCCUCGUGCACCACGCUUUGUCCGACGUCAUGACCCCCACGUCAUCCGACGGGGCGGUACAGGAGUCCGCGAAGCUGGAGUCGCACGUGAGCACAAGACUGCCAUCGCCAGUGGCGCAUGCCGACGCGCGGGCCCCGCCGGCAGCCGCGGGGCCGCCGCGCAGGGAGGCCGCCGGGCGAGGGCGCAGCAGCCGGCGCACGAGGUCGCUCUCGGAGGAGCAGUUGUCGCGUGUCUUCUGGCAGCUCCGCAGCGACAGGGAGGAGGAUCAGCUGCGCUCCGAAUGCUGGCACCUCAGCGACAAGGAGUGA